GUGUUGCUACACCGCCAUCUCUUGUGAAACCGAAAGAUACACAUGCAGACAUCGUUGCUAAAAGCAAAGUUCCAGUUGAUAUAGGCGCUGAAGUUGCUGUUCAAGGCAAAGGUCCAAUUGAUAGCUGUGUUGACGUAGCCGUUAAAAGCAAAGUUCUAGUCGAUAGAGGCGCUGACGUUACUGUUCAAGGCAAAGGUCCAAUUGAUAGCUGUGUUGACGUAGCCGUUGAAAGCAAAGUUCCAGUUGAUAGAGGCGCUGAAGUUGCUGUUCAAGGCAAAGGUCCAAUUGAUAGCUUUGUUGACGUAGCUGUUGAAAGCAAAGUUCCAGUCGCUCCAGGUGCUAGCGUUGUUGUUAACGGCAAUGUUCCAAGUGAUAUAGGCCAUGAAUUUGCUUUUAAAAACGAUGGUCUAAUCGAUAAAGAUGCUGAAGUAGCUGUUAAAAGUCAGGUACGAUUAUGAAUGCACACAAUUUCCAUAUAUACUGUAGCUUCCACGAAAAAUCUAUCAAAUGUGGAUUAAACGUUUCAAAUUAGUCAACAGGGGCGAAACUAGCCCCUUUUAAUUUGGGUGGGGGGGGACGGGUGUCUGCCAGAAUUGCUCUGCAAAAGCCGAAGAUGCCAUGCAGCAAAUUUUUAUUUCUGGCCACUAUUUUUUCCAAAAAAAGUUUCCGGACAUAAACCAGUGAAAUUAAGGGUCAAAAAAUUUUCCCGUACAAAUUCCUGUUAAAACAUGUGUGAAACCCUUAUUUUAGGACCAAUAUCUGUAAAGUGUAGGUCUAUAUAUUCUAUUCAAUUCCCUCUGAAAGCCCUGUAAGGUUACUUAAUAACUCUACAUUCCAUCAUUUAAAAUCUUUGUUUGCCCUGCGAAUCUAGAUGAUUCGCCCUGCCAAUCCAGAUGAUUCGUCCUUUGGGCCGGGGGAGAGGUGUCACACCAUACCCCCCCUCAAGUUUCGCCCCUGUUAGUCAAAUAAAUUAUACUAAUUUGGGGGGAAUACAUGUGCAAUAAUUUGAAAUACAGCCUUUUGAUAAUUGUGUCAUUUGGCUUGGGAGCGUCGCUCUCGCGAGCAUAGAAAUAAUAUGAUCGUGAGCCAAUCAACUUACAGUACGUCACGCAUAUUUUUUGGUCUUGGAGCCCCGCUCUCAUAAGUAAAUUACGCAAUUAUCGUAACUUAACGGUAUAUUAGAGUAUGGUCAAAUCUAUAUGCCUUAUUUCCUCUCUUAUAAGUGCUGCAGAUGUAGACCUAAGGCUAAGAUGCCCCUUUAAUUUAUCAAAAUUUGAGUUCAAUAAAUUCUUUAUGAAAGUACAGCACUGAACGUUUCAGAGUGAUCAUGUUUUUGAUCUUCACGUCCCCUGGCACAAUCUCGACAAAAUCAGUAUCGUAUGUCGCUAUUUUUUCCUUAUAUGUCAAGGCCAAUUUAACGCUGGCCAUAUCGCCUAUUGGAAGUAACACUUCUUGUUUUCAUUCAGAAACGUGCACGGCAACUUUGGCUGAAUUAUAUAGUUCGUGGAAAUAACGAAUUUCAACAUUUCCACGCCAAGAAAAAAUGUGAAGGAAACUGCGAAAAGUGUACAAACGAUUGUGAGUGUGAAACGUGUUUAAAGGUAAAAUGGAGUUUUAAUGUAACUAACUUCGUGUAUACAAGGAACGAAAUUACAAGUAAUCGUUACUAUUUUAAGUACAAUAUCUAGCAACGUUUCAGUUUGAAAGCAUUGCUCAAUUCCGUUUAAGAUUUUUUUGUUAAAAAUACUUUCCAGCUUUCUACAGUGUUCUACACUAUACUCACUUAUUUUCAUCCAAAUCGAACCAAAAUUUAUCGAUUUGUUACUAGCAGCCCCACAUAAAUUUUUUGACGUUUGGUGAGCAUCGGCGUGCACUCCUUGGCGAUGAUGCUAACCAGCCUGUUGCCAGACAUUUUAAUACUAGCAAUCACAGUGUUCCUGAUAGGGAAAUUCGAGCCCUCUGUCCCAUUUCUGGUAUAGCAACGAUAGCCGCAAAAGGCAUGACUUGAACUUGGCACUGUUCACGUACCCCUAUGGCAUUAAUGAACGUUUUCCCUAUAUAACUCUGUCUGUCUUUGCCUAUCAAAAGCAGACAUUGAUAUAGUAUACUUUUAAUUCUUACCUUAUUUCAUAUAUUUUAUUGUAGUUUUCUGUAUGUGAUUUACAUUUUUUAUUUAUACUUUGUUUUGACUAAAUCCAUCUGAUUGGUUUAUUUUUUGUCACGUGAUGCUUUUAUAUUCUUAGUAUAAAAUGCUCAUGUAUUUUCCCGACCCCUGCUAGUAACACAGAUGAAGGGCCUUCGCUCGAAACGUCGAAAAUCUCCUUAUAUUUUUCAGGUAUAGUUCACCUAGGUAUUAGGUGAAAGCAUUACAUUAUACAAAUAAUGAAUGUUUUUAUUCGUGCAAUGGUAAGAAUAUUAGUUUCAUGAGGUGAAAGAUGGAAUGUUCCAUUCAACGAGGCGACAGCCGAGUUGAAUGGAACAUUCCAUCUUUCACCGAAUGAAAAUAUUCUUACUAAAGAAAAUUCUUACUACAUGAAAUAUUUUUACUAAAGAAAAAUUUUGAAUGGGCUACCCCAUGAGUAAAGUGGGCCGUUAUGAAUUAAAUAUAACAAUUUGUGCGUCUAUACCAACAAAAGACAGUGCAUAAAAUAAACUUCGUAACAAACUAAUUUUCUUUCAGGUUAAAAAGUUGGUCGAUCACAAGAAACAACACAAGAUCAAGGAAAAUCCUGAAACAAAUGCCUGUCGUGAUUGCCAAUUAGUUAUUGGGAUUAGGCAUUAUCACAAAAGAGUUUGUCCAAUUGUUGACUGCUUAUUUUGUAGGUAAGUACAUAUGGUAUACCUUUUGGUCAACAGCUAUAGUAUAACCAUAGAAACUAUCAAACAGUUUAGUAUGAAAAUUUGUGGAGCGAAUUAAUAGCCCAUUCGCUGUAGGCUUGCCUUGGCAAAAGCGUGGUCACAUGGAUUCCGGAACACCCCCCACUUUUUCUCAGGACCAAUUUUGAUUUUCGUCCAAAACUGAGAAGACAGCCGUCAGCCGGCCAAGACUCCUUUUAUUUUUAAUGGAACUGAUCGAACAGAUCUAUUCGUUGUGCAAUACAAAGAACGUUAAGAACUGAUAUAAUAUUAAAGAAAAGAGCAUUUUUAGUAGAAGUGUACGAAGUAUAUCGGUAAGUUGAUUUUUAUUUGCUCUGUCUUCUUUAGAUCAAUUAAAGAAAAUGAAAACGUUGACUUAACUCAAGCUUGCGCCAGUCCAGUUUCACAGGAUGAAACAAUCACUGACGUAAUAACACAGGUAUGUACAGUACUGAUAAUUGCGACUGUAGUUAAUGGCAUACAAUACAAUAUAAUAUUUAUAUUGAUACUUGAUGGACGUUUGCUUAGACUUGUCCAUUUGGCUGGAAUUUCACGUUUGUUGACUGCCUUUCUUGCACAUGUUGCGUCACAGCUCUUCCCCUCUGCUCGGUUAAGCCCCGCUCUCAAAAAACCUCCCUCAAAGUUUUUUUAACGUGUGGAGUUCUAACACCAUUUAUGAAAGUUCUAAAAUUAUAAAUGUGCAAAACAGCAGUAACGAAGCUGCCGAAAAUAGAAUAUGCAUGGUUGUUUCCUUUCAAGUCCUCUAGAAAAUUUAGAAAUAUAUAGAACUGAUAGAAAAUAUAUUCUGGGGUAUAGCUUUUAGCCUUAUUUUUGAACAUUGAAUCAACGUCAGAAAUGAUCUCCCAGACGUUGGGUAGACGUUGAAAAAGGAUUGAAAAUGCAAAUUGGAUCGACGUUUAUACUGUUUCGACGUUGAAACAACGUUGAGAUCAGGUUGCCAAUCUCGUCAACCAUAAUUCAACGUUGAAUCUGCGUUGAAACAACGUUGAGAUUACUUCACAAGUUGACGCCGUAUAUUCAACCAUGAAUGAACGUUGAUUCGACGUCUGUUAGCUGCUGUUGAACCAGCGUUUGUAAAACAAUGUCAGAGCAACGUUGAUAUUAGAUUGUCGACGUCGCAACCUUUUUCUACCAAAUUUCAACGUUGAAACAACGUUAUGUGCCCGGUGGGAUUGUUGUUUGGGUUUUUUUGGUGUUUUUUUUUUUGUUAUAGCGGUGUCCCGAAACUGCGUAAAGAGUUCUAGGGUUACCUUAUUGUCGAGUGUUAUAUCGUUAUGUUACGGUGGUUAGGAACAGGGUUGUGAUUUGGGUCAAAAAUAAAGAAAAACGUAUAACGAUACUAAGGCCACAUAAAAUAAUUACCUUGAUUCUCAUCACCGCCCGACUGUAUUUUAAGCAACAUGAGCUCCACCUUUGAAUUUACUAUAUGAGUAAAUUCUUAAACACGUCCGAAUUUAUCAUUAUGAUAAAUUCGCGGCAAAUUUUGAACUUAUCAACAGAGUUAAUCAUAAAACCACAAUCACUGCACAAGGUUUCUUGUUAUAAAUGUAAUGGCACUAAAAGGCAGGCUGGUCGCGCAGGGGUGGGGAUUUUUUCAUGUUUUUUAAAAAAAUAGUUUUUAAAAAAGUUUUAAAAAGUUUUAAAAGAGUUUUGAAAAGCAAGAAAAGUUUAAAAAGUUAGAUUUUUAAAAAAGUUAAAAAAAUUUAAAAACUUAAAAAAAUGAGGGUUAGGGGUUAGUGGUUUAGGGUUAGGGGUUAGGCCGUUAGGGGUUAGUGGUUAGGGUUGGGGUUAGGGUUAGUGUUAGGUGCCGCGAAUUUAUUAUUAUGAUAAAUUCAAAAUUUGCCGCGAAUUUAUCAUAAUGAUAAAUUCGGACGUGUUUAAGAAUUUACUCAUAUAGUAAAUUCAAAGGUGGAGCUCAUGCUGAUUUUAAGAGACGCGUGAAUUUUUUUUAUAUUUUGUUUAUACAAUAUAAAUGAACCGCCCGACAAAAUAUUUCAAGACAGUUAAGUUUUUUAUAUUUAAAAUUGGGUUUUUAGUGCCAUUUUAAACUGCCAAUUUCAAACAAAUAAUAGAACCUUGAAAGAAAUUUCAUUGCAUUUUAACGGAACUUCUCAUUCAGUUGAACGGUUCAGUCAUUGUUCGUGGAGAAAUAUGUUCAUUUUGGUUUGUGACACUAGUACUUCACUUUGGAAAUCACAGAAAUAUUAAAUGUUAGGAAUUAUCAGUUUUUUUAUUUAUUGAUGAUAAAUUAUAUAAAUAUAAAAUAUAAAAUAUAAACCUCCCGGCUCUUCGACAUUUUGAAAGUAUAGUGAUGAGAAUCAAGGAAUUUAUUUUAUGUGGCCUAACAGACAACUUAGCCACAAAUAUUUUGUGCAACAAAUUUCUAUGCAGACAAGUUUUUGAAAAACAAGUUUUCUAUGACUUGUUAUAGAAAACUUGCUCGGUCUGUAGCCGGCUUAUCAUGGCUGCUGUUGAAUGCGAGUGUACAUGAGCUGCUGUUCUUUGUCGUCUUUUAGAGGCUGUUUAAGCCAAUAAGACUCUAGUUCUUUUCAAAACUCUUGCGCGCGUCUUCAGAGGUUUGACAGUAACGGCAAUAGUCAGCUUUCUUCAACCAGUACGAGUAAAAGAUGUAGCGGUUUUACGUGUUGUGUUCCUGGAAUCCUGGUUGUUUUACCAACAAUAAAAGAGGUUGGGGGAGCUGGUAGCAACCUAAAUAAUGCAGGAAGGUUAUUGGUGGAGAUUAUGUCAUCCAUAAAGGGGAACAAACUCAUUCAUCGCGAGUCAGAUUUUGCUAUAUCACUAUGAGGCUAUGAGAAAUUACUAUAGAAUAUUAUCUUUUUAGUAAUAUUACUACUAUUACUAGAAUUACUGUUGAGUUAUUUCAUAUAUUAAUAAUUAAGUCGUAAUUUACUGAUUUAGAUCACAGAAGGAACUAAGCUGAAGAUCGGAGAGAAGUUCAUUCAAGGAGUACAUUACCAGCUCGAAGACAAGUUAGGACAGGGUGGUAAUGGUGUGGUCUUUGGUGUUGAGCUUCUUGAAGCUGGAUGUGCGAAAUUGGGUUCUAAACGUGACAUUCGCCUGGCGGCAAAAAGAGUAAGAAUACCUCACUAUUCACUAACUUCACUGUCAAAUUAUCGAACUACAGUGUGUAUAUAAAAAAAAGGUAAUCGAACUUCAGCGCGCUAUUGUGCGUGAAUUACUCGGCGUAUGAACAACAUUUUUUUCAUAUUUGGAAAGCUCCGGCUUUUAGCUAUUGAAUGACAUGUUCUUCAUGCCGAGUGAAUGGAAAUAAGCAAGUAUAUGAGUCCGAUAAAAAAUGUUAGUCAUUUGAGAUCAACUGUAAGCUGUUCGAAGUAGGACAAUUGGUGCAUUAAAAAUGGGGAAUGAAUUGACGAAACACCUGUCGAAACCUUCGGAAACUUGUAGAACGUACCUUCAAAUGCGAAUUGAAGUUUCCCGGGAGUUCGCGGUUACUGCAUGGUCUGCCGUAAACGUCAAUCUUAACUUCUCUAUUAUGGAGGCUUGGGUACAUUGGGUGUUUCUAACAAAAUUUUCCUAUCUGUUAUUACCGAGAUUCACGUUCAGCGUGAUCAUGAGACGAGGACGUAUUGAGUUUACUGAUUGUGAAUAAAGCCAGGCGCACACUGUACGAUUUGCAUCGACCGACUUCAUUCCGUUUUUCUGCCGAAUUUAUAGUCUGUAUAUGCCCUCAUAGAGAGCCCUCAUGAUCUCCAAUCUUCUUCGCCCUAUCUCCGCGAUCACAAUUAGGAUUAUAUCAGCGGUUGACUUUGCAACUCAAUAUUCAAACAGAUAAAACAGAUUAUUAAAACUUUUUUAUUAAAGCACUUUAGAUUUUAUACCGAUCCCAAAUCCUAACUGGCCUAACUUUUAAGACAUGUCCGUCAGUCGUCGCCCGCUUACGUAUUUAUGCGACACGGUAAAUUCAAGAUUAUUUAUGCAUGCACGUUAUCAUCUAAGAUUAUCCAAUCAAUGACAAUGAACGACGGAAUGGACCAUGGAAAAAAUCGACCGAUAAGAGUCGUCAGAUAAUAAAUACAUCUUGCUGAUUGGAUUCUUCUGAGGGUAGCCUCUUCUGAGCCCAAUAUGGCAAAAAUAUUAGGUCGAGACUUCAAUACGGAGCUUUAGAUUUGACUACGAGUACGAGUACGAGAUUUGAUCGCGUGCUAGGAAAUUAAAAUUCCAUUUAAAUUUUGCUUUUAUAGCAGUAAACCAACAACGAGAGAAAAAGUUUCAUAAACUAAAUCUCCUGCAGACUAAAAUCCCCUAGAAAAUGUGUAAAUAGUCAUAACAUUAAAAACAGGCCAGAUAUUUAGUACUAAUAUAUUAUUUGCGGCGGAUAAACGCUAUAUAAAUGCUACAAAUUAUUUUUGGAAAACAAAAAAAAGCCAACUUUCUUUGUUUUUUUUUGAAAAGUCGUGGUGAGGACUACGAGAUUUCUCCACAAUUUCGUACUCAGAUGGGCGACGGCUACGACUUUUUCGCGUCAGUACGGGAUGGCGUAAGCAUACAGCAUGCGUUUCACUUGACGAAUCUCGUACUCGUAGUCGUACUCGUAGUCAAAUCUAAAACCGAAGGUCGGGCCCAAUAUUGAAGUCGAGACUUAAUAUUUUGCCAUAUUGGGAGAAGAUGAAUUAGAUAAGAGUUUUAUUAUAUCAAACAAAACGAUUUUAUAACAAAAAUUGUCAAUAAGCGAUAAAGUAAACAUGCAGCAAGAAUAAUAUAUACAGCGACAACAUUAUAUCUUAUUGGAUUCUUCUGAGCCCAAUAUGGCAAAAUAUUAAGUCGAGACUUCAAUAUUGGGCGAGACCGAAGGUCGAGCCUAAUAUUGAAGUCAAGACUUAAUAUUUUGCCAUUUUGGGCGAAGAUGAAUCCAAUAGGAGUUUUAUUAUAUCGAACAAAACAAUUCUAUAAUAAAAUGUCAAUUAAUAAGCGAUAAAGUAAAUACAGCGAGACUAAUACGUAGCGACAACAUUACAUAUAUUGGCGACGAUGUUUGAUGCGAAAGUUGUUUUUACUGAUAUGUGUGCAUAAAUAAACUCAAUUCCAUGUAUGUUUAAAGGAAAUUUGACCUAAUUUUAACGAAAAAAAUAAUAUUACUAACUUCUAGGCUGUUCCAAACAAAUAAAUUUCGCGAAGACAAGUUUUCCCGCGCUUUUAUAAUUUUAAACAAAACUGGUAGAAAAAACUGCAUUAAUGUUCUAAAUUCUUUUCAUUAUUCUGCCAUAUCGUUUGUCGUAUGUUUGAAAUUGACAAAAUAUCUGAAAAGGGUUGAAAAGCCAUGAAAAAAAGCCACAAUUCGCAACUGCCCAAUAGGUUCCUGUCCAAUAUCGUAAAAUAUUGGAUCGGCACGUGACCCUCUCAACGAUUACUGAUUGGUUAAAUGCGCGUGAGUGUAUAAUAAUAUUACAUAUAUCGGCGGCGAAUUUGCUGAAAUAACUAAACAAAAAGUUAAUAAAUAAACUCAAUAAUUCCAUAUAUGUAAGUUUAAAGGAAAUUUGACCUAAUUUAAACGAAACAAAUAAUAUUACUAACCUUGCAAACAAAUUAAUUUCGCGACGACAAAUUUCCCCCCGCUUUUAUAAUUUUGAACAAAACUGGUAGAAAAAACUGUAUUAACGUCCCAAAUUCUUUUCAUUACUCUGCCAUAUCGCUUGUCGUAUGUUUGAAGUUGACAAAACAUCUGAAAAGGGUUGCGAAACCAUGAAAAAAAGCCACGAUUCGCAACUGUCCAAAGUGUUCCUGUCCAAUAUUAAACAAUUAUUGGAUGAGGCUGAGCAUGAUAUCAAGAAUAAUUCAGACCGAGAUCAUGCAAUGUUAUCUGCCGAAGCGAAACUGAGGCGAAUAACAUUGACCGAGAUCUGAAUAAUUCUUGAUGUCAUGCGAAAGCCGAAUCCAAUAAUUGUUUUAUUAUUAUACAUUUAAAAAAAUCAGGAACGUAUAAAACGAUAAAACGAAGUUUAUUAAUGUUUCAAGUAUAUUACAACAAUACUGCAAUAAAGUAGAAAACGAACAUUUCUUUUAGACUUUUAUAGUAUUUUCAACUUCACUAAAAUUUCACACAACUAUAGUUACGGUAUAUUAAACAAUCAAUACUGUUACUGCAUGUCUUUAUCUGCUAAUAAUUUUGACAGGUUGUUUUCAUCGAACGAAGCAAAUCUACUGUGUCUGUGAGCCAUUUUGUUUAUUUUAUCUUCGCGCGCUUUUGGGUUUGAGUUGUUGGCCGCGCCAUGGCUUGGGCACGACAGCGUCCAAUAAUUUUUUUUGGAUGCAAGGUCGAUCCAAUAAUUAACAAUUAUUGGAUGAGGUUUUUGUGAUAUGUGGAAUUAUCAAGGUCGAGGUAAGCGUAACGCUUACCGAGACCUUGAUAAUUUUGCAUAUCGCAAAAACCGAAUUCAAUAAUUGUUUUAUUAUACAUUUGUUUGUGUUACAGUCAAAAUACAAGAACCUUCCCGCUUCUGUAACUUGUUUUGUAUUUAUUUGUUCUAUUUUCUGUAGCGAUUACCGCUUUAUCGGCACAUAUCGCGUUAGGAUCCGGUAGAAUUUCGCUUUCCUUCCUUUAUAUACGUCAAUUUGUAGCAAUGGAUGCACCUUUCGUUAGAUUCUUUGCAUAAAAGUUGCGAAACUUAGAUCUUAUAGCGAUAUUUGUUGAUAAAUCGGUUUUAAACCGCCGCCUAGUGUGUUCAUACUAUACAAAUUUAAAAUUACCGAAUACAAUCACUUGACGUACUAAAAUGAAAAUUUCACAACUUUUAUGCAAAGAAUCUAACGAAAAGUGUAUCCUUUGCUACAAAUUGACGUAUAUAAAGGAAAGAAAGGGGAAUUCUACCGCGAUAUUUGCCGAUAAAAAAACGCUAUAGAAAAUAGAACAAAUUACAGAAAUACAAAACAAGUUACAGAAGCGGAAGUGGGAAUGUUCUGGAAUGUUCUUGCAUUUUGACUGUAAAUAGAUACCGCUUGCUAAUCAUCGCAGGCUCACUUGCAGAUAACUGAGUUAUCUGCUAGCAGAUAACUGAAUUUUCUGUAGGUUGCGUGAUUGCGCGAUUUAACUGUAAGCUCUUAGCCAAUCAAAUUGCUUUUACCAACUACAAUGUAUAAUAAAAACUAUUAUUGGACGCUGAGCACGUCAGCAGCUGAAAUUAUGUAAUAAGUACCGAAUAUUGAGAAUUAUCCGGUGCUUUAUGACCAGUCAGGAACGAGAAUACAUACUAAAUGUAUAAGUAAUAUCAAAUAAUUUUCGUCUUGUCCGAUUAAAUGACACCAUGCACACAAGAAUUUUUGAUUAACGAACUGAUUGAUUUUUUAUUUCUUUCGUAGGCUAAUGUCAGCGACAGUGAGAUAAUGGUAUCAAAACAGCUUGCCGAUGUCUCCAACGUAGCUCCACACUAUUUCGUUGUGAACAAACAUGAACACAUACACUGGGUUAACAAACGAACCAGAAAGGUUGAACGCAAAGUGUUUGAACAUCUCUUGUUCAUGCAACGCGCAGGUAACCUACAUUACGAUUACGAUUCACAUUUCUACAGUGUGUAUAAAAAAGUAUAGCCUUUCAAAUUUAAACCAAGCAUAGCGCCGUAUUCUAUUGAACUCAUCUAACAAGCUGUCAAGCUAUAUGCAUGCAGGGUGUCCCCAAAAAAGUACCUUCUACAGUAUAGAAAUAACGUAUUGUUAGAUUUUGAAUGCCCCAGUCUUUGCUGAACUCACAAGUGCAUAAAAGCUUGACAUAAGUAAAUUUUAUGCAUAACGACAUUGUUUAAGAGGCUGCUUUAAAUUCCCAAGAGCAGAAAAUCGCGUGCUUUACAAAGAUAUUUUAAUUUCUUUGAGUAAGUCAAUAUUUAUAAUAUAUGCACCCUGCCAAUAUUUUACGCAUCUUUGCGUUCAUCUUGGUGCUAAGGCAUUCAAAUUCUAACAAUACGUUAUUUCUAUACAGGGUGUCCCAAAAAAGUACCCUCUGUAGAAAUUAUCCUAUUAUAAUUUGAAUGGCUGAGCGCUAUGCUGAACACAAGAGUGCGUAUAAACACAAUUGAAUUGAAUUUUUAAUUACCAGGGGCCGGUUGUAUAAAAACGUAAUUAGCGCUAACUGUAGUUAGCGCUAACUACGUUUUUAUACAACCGGCCCCAGGCGCAUGAAAUCCUGUGCUUAACAACAAUAGGAUGACUUCUAUAGAGGGUACUUUUUUGGGACACACUGUACAGUGUGUAUAAAAAAAAAACUGAACCCUUUCAAAUUCAAAUUAUUUUCGUAAUUUGAUAGCUCUAAUUGCUUUGAAUUAAUGGUUGGGUAAGGACGCAAGGUCUUGUACUCAUGGGACGAAACUCAAAGAAAUAAAAAUUAGAAAAUUUAAAAGUUUUUAAGAGUUUUGUCCCAUGAGUACAAGACCUUGUGUUCUUACCCAACCAAUUAAUUCAAAGCAAUUAGAGCUGUCAAAUUACUACAAUACGUAUAGCUAAUUUGAAUUUGAAAGGGUUCAGGUUUUUUUUAUACACCCUGUAUAGUAUUACGUUUUUUCUAAUUAUAGUUACUUAGGGAAGCCUUCGUGUAGAGCGGUGCGGUUAACCGAAAAAUUCGGUUCUUCCGUUACUUUUUUCGCACCGAAAAAUUAUACGCAAAAGAACCGGUAGUGUCGGUUUAAUUUCCCGUUUAACGCCCGCCAAACGCCCACCUGAUUGCAGGUUGAAAUGUUUGGAAAAUAACAAGAUUGUUCUCUUUGCGCACAAUAUGCACUGUUGAUAUUUAGUUGUGAUAGUUAUUGACUUAUUGUUGUGAUAGUUAUUGUUGUUUCCAAUUGUUCUUUUAAAAUAUUCAGAGAUUUAUACAAACUUACAAAGGCAUAAAUUGAUCUAUUUAGUAAAAAUGCUCGAAACAUACAUAAGUGAGUUCAUACAUUUGUACUGUUCUUCUUUUUUGAAAAUAAUCGAAACCGAACCGAACCGAGGUUUUGCUGUUCCAAAAAACUGGGAACCGAGAUAAAAUUUUUGGAACCGCACAGCUCUAGAAGCCUCGCAUAUUGAUUUUGUCAAUUCGUCCAUGAGAAACGUCAUAUGGACGUUUCUCUGGAGCCCCCAAUUUUCUACUAUUGAAUUUAACCGGGAGACUUAUUCCAGCCGCACCCGAUCCGAUGGUAGUCGUUCGACUAUGGUUUAGAUGCAUGAUAAAUCGUCGAAAGCACUGCAUGGAUACUGGGCUAUUGAUAAUGACCGAUAAUGAAAUAUUGACAAUUUUACCGGGGUUUUCUUGAAAUUUGUGUGUUUUCAAUGCAAGGAAAGCGUAAUAAUAUAAAUGUAUAGAACAUGUAUGGUAUUACGAAUGUAUAACUGGUGUUUGUAUCAAGUUGUUUUCUUUUUUAUAUUCUGCAAAGAUGAUUCUGAAAUGUUUACAAGGCUUUCGAAAUAACUAUGAUGUUUUACAGAGAAACGUCACAGCUGCAACGCCCCCACAUACACACACACACACAUACCCAAACGUCCAUAUAUGAUGUUUCUCGUGGAUGAAAUCGAUAUGCGAGACUUCCUUUAGCCUAGACUGUUUUACCUUUACAACAAUUGUGAUCAUUACUUUAUUAAUAAUAUAGGCUACAUAAAAAUGUCAUUCGACUGUGAUUGGUUGAUUUCAGUGCAGUUAAUCUCAAACAGCAGUGUAAAAUUCUGGCUUUUGGGAAGGGUCUUUUAUUCACUGUUUUUAACAUGCUCAGACUCCAUCUCUGUAUCUUUGUACUCAGUAUCUGGAGUAUCUCAUCUCUUGUAUUUCUAUUUCUAGAAAUGUCGUUGAAGGAUUACUUAAAAAAGUUGCCAGGUUUUGUACUUCCCGUAAAAGACGCCUCCAUCUACUUUCGGCAAAUUGUACAAGCCAUUAAAUAUGCCCAUUCACAGACACAGAGCAUUACUCACAAUGAUAUCAAAGCUGGAAAUGUGCUCAUGUUUCGUGGUACUGGCGAAAGUUUAUACGUUGCACAUUUGUGCGAUUUUGAAUUUGCAAUAAGAAAUGGUGAUGCACCUGAACGGCGUGGCGGGACGAAAUUUUUUAUGCCGCCAGAGGUAUGUAUGUCGUAAAACAGUUAUUGUAUAGCAAGUAAGAGAUUGCUGACGUAUGGUAUUUUCGCACGCGUUUGUUUUCUCGUAAAUCAUUUCUCCAAACACGCGUGCUGAUUUUUCAUUAAUAUACUUCUCGAACUAUGUGAUUUCCUAUCUAAAAACAUAGGUCCGCUGUGGCGGACACAUCUACUGAAUAGUGGCACCGGGAAAUAAAAGGUAUUUAGUAGAUAGAAGCAUAAAUGUGCACUCUGACCUUUGGAAUCGAUUUCUGGCAUUUCCAGAGUCAUAGCACAAACGUGGCAUUGUUGACGUUUUAAAAUUGUAUUUCCGGUUGAGAUUAGCUCAUAUAAAAAUUUCCAUUUCUGGCCCAACUGUACCGUGAUAAAACUAAAAGAUACAAAUUUGAAGAUACAAGCUCGAAAAUAUAAACACUCCACACAGUGUUAUUGAUAAUGAUUCGAACAAGAAUAUUGCAAUGAAGAAUGUACGUCCAAAGGGGCCGAAGUUAUGUUCGGCGAAAGGUUUAUAUUUUUGAUCAGACAAUUGCGUAAUUUGAUAAUAUACGAUCUCGAGUGACUUUCAAAGGCCAUAAAUCGCUACAAUGUUGAUAAUGACUAAAACUAUUGUGAGAAUUAGUUGAUAUUGUUUCACUGAAUCGAAUGGUGGUAUUUUACAAUAUGUCUUCAUAGGCAUAGCAUGCACUGAACCGAAGAUAUGAACAUACAAAGUCGUCGAGGAAGAGUUCAGGCAAUUGCGUAAUUUUAUAAUAUACGAUCUAUUUCUCGCUUGACCAUAAAUCGCUACAAUGUUGAUAAUGACCAAAACUAUUGCACUGAACCGAAGAUAUGAACAUACAAAGUCGUCAUCCUCUCGCAUGAUAAUAGCUACUUGCGACUUGGUCGAGAAAGAGUUCAGACAAUUGUGUAAUUUGAUCAUAUAUGAUCUCGCUUGACUAUAAAGGCCAUAAGCCCAUAAGUCGCUAGACUCGCUACAAUGUUGAUUUGUGCACUGCCACUGAACCGAAGAUAUAAACAUACAAAGUCGUCAUCCUCUCGAUUGUGCACUGCCACUGAACCGAAGAUAUGAACACAAAGUCGUCAUCCUCUCGAUUGUGCACUGCCACUGAACCGAAUAUAUGAACACACGAAGUCGCCAUCCUCUUGUGCAUGAUAUAAAUACUUGCGACUUGGCCGUCUGGAAUGGUCGAGAAAGAGUUUAGACAAUUGCGUAAUUUGAUCUGCCACUGAACCGAAGAUAUGAAUACACAAAAUCGUCAUCCUCUCGCGCAGUUAUACGGCAUUCUUCGUAUUGUACUCGUGUUAUUGACAAAACUAUUUUAUUGUACUCGUGGUUGACUCGUGUUAUUGGCAAAACCAUUUAUGGACAACAGUGGAACUAACCGUAGAUAACCGACUUUAGCUCGCAAUUUCUAUGCUCGCAAUGCAUUACAUCGAUACGUCAUCAAUACAUCAUCACCUGUCUGUUCCCGACAUCCACGGACGUAGGCCCCGGCAAUGCUUCUACUGAUUGAAAAUCAGUAGAUGAAAAAAACAAACACUAUAAUAUUUUGUGCACUUAAGUUGGAUAAGAUUCGCGACCAAUCCCCGUUGACUCGAGAACUCAAUGGGUAGAGCCGCAGUCUAGAUACCGAGGAUGCAAGUUCGAAUCCAGCUCGAGACAACGAAUUUUUCAUUCUGGCAUAUGAAAAUUAGUGCGGACGCCACAAUUCGUCUUCAUUCCAUUCAUGGCAGAAUUUCUUUAGGCGCGGUUACCCGAUUACAUACGCCUGCAUGAAUAAGAAUCGUACACGACUAAUCGUGUUGUGUAGACCUCUGUGGCCGGUUGUAUAAAAAAAGUGAUUAAAGAUAACUACAGUUAGUGGAAACGUCAUCCAAUAUGAAGCGCGUACUGUAUUUGAGAGUUAAUAACUAUUUAACUACAAAAUAGUGAUUAAAAAGUGAUUAAGAGUUUUGUACAACCUGCCCCUGCCAUUAGUCAGAGUUGGAUUGUUCGUCAACUGCGGGCUAUACGCUCAUUAUUUAAUUAACAUUAGGGAGUUUAUGAUGUACGACGCGGUCAGCUCGACGACGUCGAGUCAAAUUAUGCUUGAAAUAAGCCACAGGAAUUUAACUAUACUGCUUUAAUUGUCAUGUUUUAAUAAUCUUACAAAUGUUUAAAUUGGCCUAAACUACUCCGAUGUUUAGCUGAUGUUGCCAUUCUGUCAACGUUAUAAAACAGCUCCCGUGUCGCAACGAGCUUUGAUAUCGCUAGGAAGAGGUGAAAAUUACUCGUUUGACGGUGUCCCAAGAAUGCCAACGCUGUUGACAAAACAUUUGAAUCUACAAAUUGUUCAUCUUUUUGUCUCGCAUGACGUGUUUCUUUGUCUUGCAAGCGCGUCGUCGAGCUGGCCGCGUCGUGAAUCGUAAACUCUCUAAUUAUUCGCCGAAGGCGAGGUGUUAAUUUUUUUGCCUGCAAGAAAUUUUGCCCGAAAGGCGAUGCCUGCGGAGGAGGCUAGGCGAGGUGAUUAUUGGUGAAUAAUCACCUCAACGGCAACCAAUCAGAGUGGAGAGUUUUCACUAAUCACCUAUGUAAUUAUACUCACUAAUAACAAUUUGAACUAUUCUUAACAAUUUGAACUAUUCUUGAUCAUUAUUCUCCACAAUGAUAUACUAUAUUGUAUAAGUUCUCAGUCUAAAAGUUCUAGUUCGUUUAAAAGGGGGUUGGGUAAAUUUUUAUAUACAUUAUGUACUUUUAAUGCAUACUUCUAGCUUUUUCUCCGUAUUGUGUAGCACUCAUGCUUGUAACUUGCACCUGUAUAUAUUCUUCAUAUUUUGUAACUGCUUAUUUUAGUCGAACGGCCUCUUGAAAAACAGGUGCGUAUGUGCCCUGAAGAGCUACCGUUUUUAAAUAACAUUAAAUAAUAAUAAUAAUAAUAAUAAUAAUAAUAAUAAUAAUAAUAAUAAUAAUAAUAAUAAUAAUAAUAAUAAUAAUAAUAAUAAUAGUAUUAAGGUUGAGCAUGAUACGAAGAAUUAUCAAGCCAGCUGUUUGUGCAUGUUAUCAACCAAAGGCUGAGGUUUAUAACACUAAUUGGGACUUGAUAAUAGCCUACUUCAUAUCUUGCGAAAACCGAAUUCAAUAAUUGUUUUAUUGUUUUAUUUAAAACUAAAAAAGACAUCUGCACCCGUGGGUUCAAUUUGUCGAAAUAAUGAACAGUUCUUUUUCCCAAUCUUGUUCUUGUGCUGGUUAGGGGGCGACGCUCUUCGACAAAAGUUAGCCUAAAGCUCCUUCAUUUUGAGCCCAAUCGUCAUGAAAUUUGGCAGGGAUCAUUUCAAACGAUAUUUCUCAUGGAUUGACGGUGUCCAAUUUUUUAUUUUCGAUUCAGGGGCAACGUACAAGAAAUUAUCAAUCAAACUUUAUUUACCCACGGUACUAUUUCACAAAGACAAAAACUAAAAUAUUUACAAGAUGUGAUCUUCCAAUAGGCCGUGCUAUACAUGUAUGAAUAAUUACAUGCAAUUAUAAAAAUAUUUUAUUAAGUUAAUACAAUAAAAUCGAAGAGAAAAAGAAAAAAAGAUAAAUUGAUUAUCAAGAAUUAUUACCACUAUUUGACACUAGAGCCCUUUUGAAGGUUGACAAUGAACCCAUAUUUUUUAUAUUAGGUAAUAAAUCAUUCCAAGCUACAGCUCCUCUGUACAAGAAUGAUUUUUUAUAAAAGUUGGUACUUGGCCUCGGGAGUGCAAAGUUAAAUUCAGCCUGCCUAGUUUGAUGAUUAUGAAGUGUACUGGUUUUCGUGAAUAAAAUUGUUUGUACGCGUAGAAUAAUAAUAAUAUGCAUAUCGUUAAUAUUCACAGACAAACCUUACCAUAACAAAGACCAAUCUCGUUCCCCGAGCAUGCCCGUUCGCAGGUUAAGGGUGGGCAUAGCUCUGCAGAAAUCGAAUUGAUUCAGGCCUGUGAUUGGCUAACGGCAGAUAGUACGUUGGAUUUCCAACGUGAGUUCUACGCAUGCUUGGCAAUUGUUGCAAAAUAUAAACGAAGUAUUUGGAAUUUCUCGUCGAAAAUUUGCUACUUUUUUACACUGAAAUCGUACAUAUAUAAUCGUACAUAUAAUCGUAUAUAUAGUACUUGAUAUUUUAUACUGUCAUACUUAACACUACGUAUACCAUAAAUUCUGUCAGGACAGUUAAAUGUAAAUUUUAAAGCAUAAAAAUAUAUAAUACUCAUUCUUGAGGAGAUUUAUCAGUAAAGGUGAAGUACGAUGUAUAUAAACACUAACAGUACAAGUGACAAGUCGAAGCGCCUUCCCUCGAAACGACGAAGCUCUCCUUGUAUUUUUCAGGUAGUUGUAUCCCUAUCAAUCCGAAGCUUUCGUACAUAUUUCCUCAUAAUUUUUAGUUGUUUUCAGUGUAAAAAGUAUCAAAUUUUCGACGAGAAAUUCUAAAUACUUUAUUUAUAUUUUGCAACAACUGCUGAGCAUGCGUAGAACUCACGUUGGAAAUUCAACGUGAAUCAAUUCGAUUUCUCCAGAGCUAUGCCCACCCUUAACCUGCGAACGGGCAUGCUCGGGGAACGAGAUUGAACAAAGACAGUCAUCAUGGACCACCGACUAACAUUAAUUUUGAUUAAAUUGUUAAUAAUAAUUUUAUUAUACAGGGUGUAUAAAAAAAAACUGAACAGAUUUGAAAUUGCUCUCAAUUUCCCAAAACAGCUAUUAGUAUCCAGUUUUUUGUAUAUAGCUUCUUUGGGUACUUAUAAUAGAAUGAUGAAAAAAAUUACUCGAACUCAAAUUUUGUGAACCAGGGGGGGGGGGUGUCUUUUCCAACAAACUAAAAAUGGCUUGCGCACAAAAUGUAAAAGCUUUAAUCAUAUUUUGAGUUAAUAUAUGGAACAUUUGUUGGGUUUUUAAUUACUGUACAAAAUUUCAGACAAUUUGCUUUAGUUUAAGCCCUUUCGUAACUAUUCACGCAAACUUACAUUUUUUCCUAAAAAUCAGCUAUUUGCAUGCUAAUCAAUGCCUUUGCCUAAUUUGCAUACAUUGCAUGUCAGCAAUGUUUUGUAUUGUAGAGAGUGAGAUACUGAAAAUUACACAAUGAGAUAUUUUCCAUAUCUUCACUAGUGAAGAUCAAUGCUACAGAAUUUACCAACACAAAUCAAUCUGAACUUUUUCGGAAAAACUCUUAAACCAGUUUCAGUUGCCAAAGACUUGGGGAUGCACCUUGAUUUACAUCUCUCCUAUGAUGACCAUAUUUCUAAACUGUCGUCAAUGUGCAUAAACAAAUUAUGUCAAAUUAGUCGAUUAAAGAAGAGCUUUGAUAAAAAAAACUUUAAUAUUACUUCUUGAAGCUUUGGUGAUUAACAAGUUGUUAUAUAGUUCUUCGGUGUGGACUAAUACCUCAUCGAAAAAUCUAAAGAAAUUGCAAACAAUCCAGAACUUAGCAUGCCGAAUCAUCACAAGUAUUAAAAAGUUUGACCAUGUAACACCAGGUCAUCAAGAACUUAACUGGCUAUCUAUUGAAAACUUACUUAUUUACAAAGACACAAUAAUGACUUAUAAAUGUCUGAACAACCUUGCGCCAAGUUACCUUGCAAAUAAAUUCACAAAGCGAUCUGAUAUUCAUAAUUGCCAGACUAGAAAUAACUACUGUUUAAAUAUUCCAAGCUAUAAAACUACUGCAGGGCAAAGAACAUUCAUUAUCGCGCAGUUAAGAUAUGGAACGAUAUUGAUGAUGAACUGAAAAAGAUUCCAGAACUCAAGGUUUUUAAGAAAAAACUAAAAGAACACCUUUUAAAUUCUUAGUAUCAUAUAUAUGAAGGUUUAAUAGACAAUCGUAACUUAGAUUUUGAAUAGUAUAGUAUUGCUUUAUCUUAAAUUGCAUAUUGUAAUUGUAUGCUGAAAAGCCCUUUGGGGAACAUACAAAGUUUUUAAUAAUAAUAAUAGUAAUAAUAAUCACGUGACGUUUUCCAAUUUGCUUUUGAGCGUGAAAUUUCGCAAUUUUUGCUUGGGACUAUAAUAAUAAUAAACAGAUCAUUACCCGGUGGCUUGAAGAUAUGAUUUUUAUCUUCUCGUGUUUAAAUCGAAGAUAAAAGUCAUAUCUUCGCGCCGCCGUGUAAUAUCUUCUAUAUAUUGUUAUCCUAACGAGUUUCACAGCCAUCUUUCCUUCGAUUGGCUGUGUUACAAAGGGCCUGUUUCAAACGUCGUGCUGCUCAUGUGCCGAAUGCAUUAGAAACGUACAAUAGAUAAUAAUAGCAUAUCAGCUGAUUAUCUAUUGUUCUUAAUGCGUUCGGCACUUGAAAAGCGCGACGUUUGAAAUAGGCCUAAGGGACUGCUCAUUAUUUAUUGUACAGGGGGGGGACUGAGGAGAAACUGUACAGUUAUAAUAUUUUUUCGUUGCCUUCCUCCUAAAACAAGUAACAUUUUUAAAGCCCCCCACCAACAGGCAAAACAAGAACAUGAAUUAUUGUGCCCCCCCCCCCGACUCUAGCUUUUUAUUUAGAGAAACAAAAAUAGAAAAUGGGGAAUUAACAAUUCCCAUUAUAGACUAUUUUUUUAUCUUAGCAAAAAAAGUGUUUUCUCUGGAAGAGCAUACUAAAACGAGUAAAAUAGCAAAGUUUGGUUGCAAAAUGUUGUAAAAUGUGGAAAAUAUAGCCUUCCAAAGUUUGCACAUUUUGUAUACUUUUGUAUUAUAUAGCAAUUUCCGCAUGCAAUACAAAAUUUGCAAGGCCAUAUUUUCCGGAUUUUACAACAUUUUGUAUUUAGUAUGCUCUUUCUAGCUGUGGUGAUUUAUUUGCAUCUCUAUGCCUAGUUUCAAAAUUAGUCCAUAAUGGGAAUUGUCUAUUUACCUGCAUGAACAUGAGAGACUAUUUAUUUGGCUCCAUUUAUGAAUAGUAAUUUGUUUUGUGAUACAUUUUUAAAACUAGUAAAUAUUUUCAAAGCCCCUUUUCUUUCGUCUCUCUGUAUUUUGCAAAGCCCCUCCCCCUUUCAGGUUUAAAAAAAUUUAAAGUUUGAGUUCUAAAACAAAGUUCUCAAAAGUUUGAGUUCUAAAACGAUGGAUCAACGCGGUGACCAGUUCCUGGUCCCAAUGUACGAUCGUACUUGUUGAUUUGGGUGCAGGCAACAUAUUAAGCAUUUUACUGGAUCUAUUAUUAAACAUUUUUUUCUUGUGUUAUAGCGUGAAGAUGGGCCAGGUAGAGAUAUCCAUGCGCUGGGAAUCUUUUUUCUGGAACUUACUAUUGGUUUCAGCAAUUGUCCUCUGCAUAAGGUAUAA